AUGCCACACAAAACAUCCUCAUUUUGCGCAAACUGGGCCGCGGAUGCCUUUGAAAAGCUGCAACAAGAGAACGGCCAAGGCAUUGAAGGGAUAAUCAAUGCAGCUUGGGCCAUCACACUCUGGUGCUACUCUGGCGACGGGGACUUCUCCUUCCCAUCGGUGAGAAAUCGCACUCAGAGCAGAUGCACCGCUUCGAUAAGUGUGGAGGAGUUAGGCCCAAACUCAAAGCAAAACCCCUUGUCGAACACAGUUGCUGUGUUUGCAUCAUCAGAAGACGCGAUGAACUAUGUCACCGUCGUCUUGAAAUCUUACCUCACAGGACUUGCAUGUACUAUUACAACCGGCCAAAUUGCGUGCACUUUACACUAUAGCGAGCAAGCCAUCGACUCCAAGACAGCUGAUAGAAUUGCCGCAACCUUUUCCCACAUCAUAGACUUGAUCAUAGCCGGCGCGGACACUACGCUGAACUCGGUUGAUAUUGUCAGUGAAAAUGACAUGAGAGAGCUCUGGAGCUGGAAUCAUGCCCAAGCUCCCGAUACCGUGUACAACUGUGCCCAGACGCUGUUUCAGAACCAAGUCAGAAAACAACCGAGAGCGAUGGCCAUUGAUGCAUUUGAUGGCUCCUUUACAUAUGAAGAGCUAGAUCGAUGCUCUGAUCGUAUUGCGCACUAUCUUGUAUCGAUGGAAAUCGGCCCGGAAUCCAUGGUGGCGCUCUGCUUUGAGAAAUCACGUUGGGCCAUCGUUGCCUUGAUGGGAGUCGUCAAAGCAGGAGGCGCCUCUGUCUUCAUCGACCCUUCCAACCCCAGAUCUCGCCGCGAAGAGAUCUUGAAGCAAAUCCCCAACACUGAAUUUGUCCUCACCGACAAACACCACGAAAAGUCGUGGCGGCAGAUGGGCAUCCGACCCAUUGUCAUCUGUGACGAGCUGGUCAAGGGCCUCCGAGAGUUUGGAAUCACGCCACGCACUGGCGUCUGCCCAGAUAACCUUCUCUACAUCAUCUUCACUUCUGGAAGUACCGGUAUCCCCAAGGCAUGUCAGAUAACUCACAGUGCUUUUCUCUCAGGAGCACUGCAGCACGCGGCCAAAUCGAAUCUUGGCCCUCGUAGCCGGGUAUUGCAACUGGCAUCGUACAGCUUCGAUGUCAGCGUACUGGAGAUAAUUACCUCGCUGAUUUCGGGGGCGUGUGUCUGCACCCCUGGCAACGACGCCAUGGUAAGAGGCCUGGCAGAUGUCAUCAAUCAAUACCAGAUCACGUGGACAUUCCUCACCCCCUCGCUCGUGAGCCUCAUCAAGCCCGACGAGGUGCCUACCCUCAAGACUUUGAUCCUAGGGGGCGAAUUGCUCCACAAGUCGGCAAUUCAAACCUGGGCACCUCGACUUCAACUUGUAAAUGGUUACGGGCCAUCGGAAUGCUCCAUUGCAGCUGCUGGUGAUCCUCGAUUGGAUCCAGAUAGCGAUCCCGCCAAUAUAGGGCGAGCGAUAGGAGGUCUCGGCUGGAUCGUGCAGGCGGAUGACCACGACCGGCUUGUACCCAUCGGAGCAGUGGGCGAACUCUUGAUCUCUGGCCCGAUUCUCGCGCGAGGAUACCUUAAUAACCCUGAGAAGACUUCUGAGGUCUUCAUUAAAAAUCCAACCUGGACCAAAGGCGCAUUCGGGCCAGCUGCUAACUUUCGUCGUUUCUACAAAACAGGCGAUCUCGCUCGGUUCAACUCCGACGGCACCAUCCAAUUCAUCGGACGCAAAGAUACACAGGUCAAACUUCGAGGUUUGCGUAUCGAACUGGGCGAGAUUGAGCAUCAUAUUGCCCGAAACCCAUGCAUCAACCAUGUCGCUGUGCAUCUUCCCAAGCAAGGGCCUUGUAGUGACAAGCUCGUGGCAGUCGUAUCCCUCAAGAGCUUUUCAAAAACAUCGCAACCCGGGAACUCCAAAUCGGCCAUCAGUCUGGUCAACAAGGCGGAGGCAAAGGCCCAGCUCGAUGCGGUCAAGAAUCACGUGACCGGAAACGUGCCUGAGUAUAUGAUUCCCAGCCUUUUCAUCGCCAUCGAAGCCUGGCCACUCCUCACCUCAGCUAAGCUUGACCGCAAAAGGAUGCAGAAGUGGCUACAGGAGAUGGAGGUGGAGACGUACCACGGAAUCAUUGGACUUGCCACCCCCCAAAAUGCCACUGGAGACCAACAGGCUGCCCAAGUAAAGGCGAGGCUCACCGAUAUUUUGAGCCGUAUUCUCAAUAUUCCAGCCGACGUCAUCCCAGAUGACAAGUCUUUCCUUGGCUUGGGAGGAGACAGCAUUACGGCUAUGCAGGUCAUGUCUCAAUGCCGAAGCCACGGCAUCUCUCUCACUGUUCGAGAUAUCCUGCGCAGCAAGGACCUCGAUGAGCUGGCGGUUAGUGCCAAAAGCUCUUCCACUGUGUCCGAUAUAACCAGCACCGAGGAGAAGUUUGAUCAUCCGUUCCAGCUUUCCCCUGUUCAACGCAUGUACGCCAGAAAGCUGCGCCCCGAUCACGAGGAGAUGCCCGAAGUACAUUUCAACCAGAGCUUCUGGCUCCGUAUUACCAAGAACACCCCCCGCGCCGUGGUACGGGCAGGUCUAGACGCCAUCGUGUCGAGGCACUCCAUGUUGCGCUGCCGUUUCCACCGGGACGCUUCGGGAAACUGGUCACAGAAGACAUGGGCUCGUGCUGAAGGAGCUUACCGGUUCAAGUGCCACACACUGCGGUCUAUCGAGGAUGCCGGCGUCGUUGCGACCAUUGCACAGAGAACACUGGGUCUUGCGGGUCCUGUCUUCUCGGUCGAUCUUUUGCAAUUGGGGCAAGAACAGUUCCUCUUCAUGGUUGCUCACCACGCCGUUAUCGACUGGGUUUCGUGGCGUAUCCUCAUUCGCGAUCUGGAAGUGUACAUCGGUACGGGCGCCAUAGGAGCAGUGAAGCCUCUACCUUUUCAGAAUUGGAUCAAUAUGCAAGCUGAACACGAAGCCGAAAACGGCGCGCCGGAGAAGACGCUGCCUUUCAAGGUCCCACCGCCGAAUUUUGCAUACUGGGAUAUCGAUGCAAGUAGCAACAUCAUCGCCGAAACUACAGAGCAGACCUUCCGACUAAACAAGGAAACGACGGCUUCGCUUCUAGGCGACCGGCCGCACAAGGCCUUGCGUACCGAGACUUUGGAUUUUCUACUCAGCGCCCUGUUCUCCUCUUUUGGCCGUAUUUUCUCCGACCGCGACUUACCUACCAUAUUCCGCGAGGGUCACGGUCGGGAACCCUGGGACGCAUCCUUGGAUGUCGCAGGCACGGUGGGUUGGUUUACCACCAUGUAUCCUCUGGCCAUCGAAGCGAGCCCGUCGGAGGACGUUAUGAGUAUGCUCAGGAAAGUCAAAGACGUGCGUCACCAGGUCCCAGACAACGGCCGUCCGUACUUCGCAUCGCGUUUCCACAACGAGCGAGCUGCCGAAUUAUUCAAGGACCACGACCUGAUUGAGAUUUCAUUCGACUACCUAGGCCAGUUCCAGACCCUCGAGCGGCCCGACGCUACUCUACGCGUAGAGCCCCGGCUUGAUUUCAUGCCACAGUCGGACGAUAUGGGUAAGAACCUGGACAGACUUUCGCUCAUUGAAAUUACUGCCGAAGUCAUCGAGGGCCAGAUGCAGUACACCCAAGUUGCACCCUUUCCGGAUUUCCCGCUUUUACCAUUGUCAUAUGACGGCCUGGACAAGCUGGUGAAGAACCGUCUGCCACGAGCCGGAAUCACCAACAUGGCUGCGGUAGAAGACAUCUACCCUUGCUCCUCGAUGCAACAGGGCCUGCUCGUUAGCCAGAGCCUCUCCGACACUUCAGUGUAUGAAUACUGCCACGUCAUGGAAGUCCGACCUGGUGGUAGCGGCGCGACAAUCGAUGCUGAGCGGUUUGCGGAGGCAUGGGCAAAGGUGGUUCAGCGUCAUUCUUCACUCCGAACAGUCUUUCUCGAGAGCGCCCAGAGUGGCCUCUACGAUCAAGUUGUUGUCAAGGCGACAUCAAGCAACACGACAAUUGUGCGAUGCAGCAAUGAAGAUGUUGACAGCAUCUUCCAACAAUCCACAGCUGUAGCUCUGAACGACAGGAACCCGCCUCAUCGCCUCACAAUUUGCGCCGUGGCGGAUGAUAAACUCGUGUGUCAGCUACAAAUCAACCACGCUAUUGUGGAUGGCGGCUCCAUUGCAAACAUAUUUCGUGAUUUGUCGCUAGCCUACCGAGGAAAUCUUCCGGACGACUCUGGCUUCAGGUUCGGCGAAUACAUUGGAUACAUUCAGCGCAUGGAUGCGUCAACGUCUCUUGGCUUCUGGACUGAGCACUUACGCGGUGUUCUCCCAUCCAUUGUUCCCCAACUAGCCCCCCUUGAGCAACCGGUUGGCGAGGACAAGCUUGAGACGUUUGAAAUGAACAUGAGUCUUUCGCCAUCCUCCAUUCAAGCCUUUUGCGAGCGCAUGAGUGUCACGCCUGUCAGUCUGUUCCAAGUGGCCUGGGCCAUGGUGUUGAAGGUAUAUACCGAGUCUCCGGAUGUUUGCUUUGGCUAUCUAUGCUCCGGACGAGAUGCCCCCCUGCCAGGCAUUGAAGACGGUGUUGGUGCUUUCCUAACCAUGCUCGUAUGUCGACUUAAUCUGGCCAACGACAUGUCACUUGGUAGCGCUCUUCGGACGCUAGCUGAUGAUUUUGUCAAAAGCCUUCCACACCAACAUGCUGGUCUGGACAAAAUUCAGCACGCGUUGGGGAUGAGCGGCAGUCCCUUGUUCAAUACCCUUUUAUCUUUCCACCGCAAUGAGCACGAGAAGCAGCAAAUGGACGAGGAUGGGAUUCUCAUACAAAGCCUCUCUGUUCAGGACCCCACCGAGUACCCCCUUAGCUUGGAAAUUGGUUUUUCCAAAGACAAACUCACGGCAUGCAUGCAGCACUCGAUUGCUCAUUUAUCCUCGGGUCAGGCUCGGAGCAUUGCCAACACAUUCGAUCAGGCGCUCCUAAACAUUGUCACCAACCCCGACGAGACUGUUGGAGGAGCUGACCUCGUCGGAACAUACGACAUUGACAAGUUCACCGAGUUCAAUGCAACCAAUAUGGCUUUCUCAGACCGUCUAAUGUUUAGUUCCAUUGAGGAACAUGCGCGAUCCCAACCUGAUGCUGAGGCCAUCUCGUCCUGGGAUGGCACCUGGACCUACAAGGCAUUGGAUGAGGAAUCAACGCGGAUUGCCCACCAUCUCCGCAGCUUGGGUGUAGGCCCCGAAAUUAUCGUACCUCACUGCUUCUACAAGUCUGCCUGGGCCGCCAUCACCAUGUUGGCCAUCUCCAAGGCGGGUGGCGCCUUUGUUGGUCUUGAUCCUGCUCAUCCACGUGAUCGUCUGGUUGAUCUCAUGGCAGAGGUGAAGGCUACAAUCAUCUGCGUCUCGCCUGAUACAGAGCCAAUGUUCAAAGACAUGGAGAAUAUCCAGCUUGUUGUAAUUGAGCCGUCCUUUGUGGACAGCCUGCUUUUGAAAGCUGGGUCGCCUUGUCUGGAGCUCAAACCCGACAAUCUAGCCUGCAUCAUUCUCACCUCAGGAACCACCGGGAGGCCCAAGACUAUCGCCAUUGAACACCGCUCCAUGUCGACCAUGUCGGAUCUCAUCGGGCCUCGGCUCGACAUGAACAAGAGCUCGAGAGUCUUCAACUUUGCCUCGUUUACCUAUGAUAUCUCCACCCACGAUAUUUUCGUCACGUGGCAAAGGGGUGGUUGUGUCUGCAUGCCCUCUGAGGAAGAGCGAGUGAACGACGUUGCUGCCGCCAUACGCCGUUUGCGGGCCAACUGGGUUAGUAUGACCAACACUGUCCUCAGUCUCCUUCGGCCUGAGCAAGUGCCGUCCCUCAAGUUCAUCAUCACUGGAGGCGAGCCCGUGGCCAAAGAAACCGUCGAAACCUGGGUGAAUGCGGGAGGGGUUAAGAUGGUCCUUGGCUGUGGUCCCGCCGAAACGACCAUUACCAUGUCUGUCAGUGCACCGAUCAACUCCAACUCGCACCAUCGUAACAUCGGGCGGACGUACGGUGGCAGAACCUGGAUUGUGGAUGUGAACGAUCACAACAAGCUUCUCCCUCUUGGCGCAGCUGGCGAAGUUCUGAUAGAAGGACCGCAGCUUGCCCGAUGUUAUCUGGGCAACCCUGAGAAGACAGCCGAGUCUUUCAUCUUCAACCCCAAGUGGACCCAGGCUAUGGAUAUAAAUGGCGAGACCCGCCGAUUUUACAAGUCUGGCGACAUAUGCAGGUGGAACAGCGAUGGCAGCAUGAGUAUCGUCGGCCGGAAGGACACGCAGGUUAAGAUCAAUGGCCGGCGUGUGGAACUUGGCGAGAUUAGCUACCAAGUGGGGUCUUGUCUGGGCAACAGCCAGGUGAAGGUUGUGGUUGACGCCAUGGCGCUUCCCGGGCUCGAUACACGCGGCCUGACACUUGUUGCUUUUCUACAAUAUCCGUCCGAUUCUCCAAUACAAACGAUGGCCGAUUCGCCGUUGUUGAUGCCAGCCAGCGACGAGAUGGUGCUUGGCCAUGUCGAACUCCAGGAAAGACUCGCAAGUCGUCUGCCGCAAUACAUGGUGCCUUCCAUGUACGUGCCCAUCGCAUCUGUACCGCGCACCCCAAAUGGGAAACUUGAUCGCCGGAGAAUGCACAAAGCCAUCGAAAGCCUCUCCAAAAGCCAGGCUGCUCGUUAUUCACUCGUCGACACGGCAAAGAAAGCGCCUCAAACUGAUACGGAGGCCCUGCUUCACAACCUCUGGUGCAGUGUCUUGACCAUGGCUCCCGAAGCUAUUGGCACCAACGAUAGCUUUUUCCGCCUGGGUGGUGACUCAGUCUGCGCCAUCAAGCUUGUUGCGGCUGCCCGUGAACAGGGCAUGUCACUCAGCGUGCCCUUGAUCUUCAAGUCGCCCAGACUAUCAGAAAUGGCGCUUGCUAUGUCCAAAGUCCAGGAAAGUGGAGAAAACACUGACACUGUCGUCGAAGACAGACCUUUUGAUUUGCUGCCACCUGGAAUGUCUACAUCUAUAGAGCAGAUACGGGCAGAAGUAGCUGAACAAUGUAACAUUGCGGCUUCUAGUAUCGUGGAUCUCUAUCCCUGCACGCCCUUCCAAGAAGCUCUCGUGGGUCUUUCGGCUCGACUUGGUGGCGGCGCCUACAUGGCCCAGAAAGUGUUCCGUUUUACCGAAAAGGACUUCAACAAACAUCAAUUUCGAUUGGCGUGGAGAUCGGUGGUGGCGUCCGAGCCCAUUCUUCGCACGCGCAUUGUUUCCACCAAAGAUGCGGGAACCCUACAAGCCGUCACUGACCAAGAAAUUGAUUGGGUGGAGACGGAGCAAGAACUCGAAAGCUACCUUGAAAGUGAUCUCAAGGUCCCUACAACCUACGGGUCUCCCAUGAUCCGCUUGGCUUUUGUGAACAACAUUGAAGCCCGAUAUUUCGUUUGGUCCGCCCAUCAUGCAGUCUAUGAUGCCUGGAGCGCGGCCAUGACCGUCGCGCAUAUCCGCGGAGCCUUGACCGGACAGGAUGUUCCUAAAUCCAUUCCAUACAAGCAUUUCAUUCGACACCUUGGUCAGACCAGCAGCGAGUCGCACGAUGCAUUCUGGGACUCGCAGUUUCCAGUGACCAAGGCAACCCCCAUGGGAUACCCACCAACGCCUGUGGAUUAUAAGCCUACUGUUCAUGGUGUGGUCAAGACCAUCCUGAAGACCAAGGUCACGGGCCAAGGAACGGUCACUGCUCCCACCCUCUUCCGCGCCGCAUGGACUGUCACUCUUUCGCAAUACAGCGGCAGCGAUGACGUCAUUUUCGCAGCUGCGCUGUCUGGCCGCACGGUGCCGGUUACCGGAAUUGCUAGCAUGCAUGGCCCGACACUGGCCACUGUCCCCGUUAGAGUCGAUCUUCUGGACAUGACCGGAGCUGGAUCCACCGUUCAACAAUAUCUGGAUCAGCUUCAGACACAGACAACAGAAAUGAUGCCAUACGAGCAGACAGGACUAUAUAAAAUCCGGAGGAUCAGCGAAUCGACGCGAGCCGCUGUAGACAGUAUCGGUAGUCUACUCGUGAUCCAAGCCAAUUCUUCAGAAGAUGCAGUUCAAGACUUCAAUGGCAUGGAAUCAGUCUCUCUUGCGCUCGACAAUUUCGACAGCUAUCCCUUAGUCAUGAUUUGCGACACAGACAGCACUGGAUGCGUCACCGUCGAGGCCAGACACGAUGUUUCCAUGAUAUCUGAACAACAGACGCAUCGUAUGGUGAAGCAUUAUGCCUUUGUUCUGGAGCAGCUCUGCAGCAGGCGGCAUGCGCAGCUCACUGAAGUAGUCAAGACGGUACUGCCCAGCAGUGACGAUGUACAUGAGAUAAUGGGCUGGAAUGGAGCUCUGCCAGAAGCCAGCAAGAGGUGUAUUCACCACGUUGUGGCCGCUCGAGCCAAAGAGUCACCACUAGCUCAGGCGGUUUGCGCUUGGGAUGGCAACUUCAGUUACGAGGAGCUGGGGCAAGCGAGCGACAAACUUGCAGCUCAUCUCCAGGGAUUUGGCAUUCACGUCGAAAGCAAGGUCGCAAUUUGCGUAGAAAAGUCCAGGUGGCAUGUCGUUGCCAUGAUGGCCGUGCUCAAGGCUGGAGGAGCAUACACGAAUCUUAACCCAGCUUACCCGGCGUCAAUGCUUCAGCAUGUUAUCGAUGAGCUUCAAGCUACAACUAUCAUCUGCUCUCCCCAGCUGGCCGACCUCUUACCCAGCACUCCCAACAUGGUCAUUCUCGAUAAUGAUUUCAUUGAGCGUCUGCCGAUCCCACUCUCUCCUGUCAUGUCGGCCAUCAGCCCGAGGAACUCUGCUAUGGUUGUCUUCACAUCCGGCUCGACCGGGAAGCCCAAGGGCGUUGUGAUUGAACACGGCCAGUUCAGCAGCAUGGAACGGUAUCAAAGCCCGCAGCUCGGAAUUCAACAAUCGACGCGCACACUGCAGUUUGCAGCGCAUUGGUUCGACAUCUCCAACUUUGAUGCGUUCAACACUCUGAUGAGGGGCGGUUGCUUGUGCAUCCCUUCUGAGUCGGAGCGGCUGGACAACCUCUCUGCCGCAAUCAACAAGUACGGGGUGAAUUGGGCCACCAUGGUCCCCACGGCCGCGGUUGCUUUGGAUCCUGACGAAGUGCCCAACUUGAAGCAUCUCUCGCUGGGCGGGGAGCCAAUUCGUCCCGACCUUCAUGCCCGCUGGAGUAGCCGCGUUCAUCUGAUCAACUCGUACGGUCCCGCCGAAUGCAGCGUUCUCGCCAUGCUCGGGAAACUGACCACCGACGCCUCGCCCCAGAAUAUUGGCUUCGGUGUGGGGUGUCGCACCUGGAUCACCGACAUGCACAACCACGACCGCUUACUCCCAGUUGGUUGCGUGGGUGAGCUAUGCGUGGAGGGCCCGAUUGUAGCGAGGGGCUAUCUCUACAGGCCCGACUUGACUGCACAAGCAUUCAUCACUGAUCCCGGAUUUGCCAGCCAACUCAGCCUCCCAAUGGGCACGCGCAUCUACAAGACUGGCGAUCUAGUGAGGUAUGGUACUGAUGGCAGUUUGAUUUACGUUGGGCGCAACGAUUCCCAGGUCAAGAUUCACGGCCGAAGAAUCGAGUGCGGCGAAGUCGAACACCACAUGAUGCGAAACAGCCUUCCCGGCCACACGGUUGCAGUAGAAAAGAUGUACGAAGGAGACAGUUCGGAGAAGCCGGUCUUGGCUGCCUUCAUCUGUCUGCAGGCUGCUGACCCCACUGAUACCGCAAAACAAGUCGCGAGAGUCAAACCUUUGGAUGCAGAUACCCGGCGUCACGUGGCUCAUCUCCGAGAGCAACUUGGAAUCAGCGUCCCGUCUUACAUGGUUCCAUCACUCUUCAUAACUCUGGACAAGAUGCCAGUCACGCAGACGGGAAAGAGUGACCGCAAGGCUCUUCGAUCACUGGGUGCGCAGCUUACACCGGAGGAGCUGCUGCAGUAUCGCAUGGCGGACGGAGCUGGAGAUGAAGGAAACGAUGUCUUCGCUCCGGCCUGCUCCACGCCAUCAGAGCUUCAACUCCAACUUCUCUGGGCGCAGAUUCUCGACAUCUCCGCUGAUUCCAUCAGGUCCCACGACCACUUUAUUCAGAAGGGAGGCGACUCGGUUCGCGCCAUUAGCAUUGUCACAGCUGUCCGUCAAACGCUCGGUAAAGCUCUGACCGUGACAGACAUCUUCCGUCACCCGCGACUGAAGGACAUGGCGACGAUCCUGGAUGCACAAGACAACAGCAAUGCAAUGACCGGAAACGCUGCCGCUUCGGAAGAAGAAGGAGAAGAAGAAGUGAAAGAAGAAGAGGCAGCAGAGCUUGCCCCAUUCGCACUGCUGGAUGGGGAAGAGGAGGAAAGAAACAACAUCUUGGAUCACGCAUCGGAACAGUGCAAUGUCUCUAAAGAAAAGAUUGAGGACAUCUACCCGUGCACGCCACUCCAGGAGGGGCUCAUGGCCAUUUCGACCUACACCCCAGGCGCUUACGUGGCGACGCGCGUCUUCAGUAUUCCAGAGGCCAUCAAUUUGGGAGAUUUCAAGGCCGCGUGGGCCCGAGCCAUGGAAAUCUUUCCCAUUCUUCGCACCCGCAUCAUCCCAGUUUUGAAUAAUGACCUAUCUUCGGAACCCGUAACAUCAUCUCUGCAAGUUGUGUUGAAGGAACAAGUCAUCGAGUGGGACGAGAUACGAAGCUCAGUCAAGACGUAUCUGGCACAAAACGACAGUUUCCGUUCUCGCGCCAUCGAGUAUGGCCAACCGCUCUCUGCCUAUGCGCUUUCCCAGCGUUCGCGUCGAUUCGUGUGGUCCAUCCAUCAUGCUCUAUAUGAUGGCGUCAGCACUUCGAGAGUGCUCCACGUCGUUCAGAGGCUAUGUAGGGGUGAUCCGGUGCCUGCAUCUUUUCCAGGCUUCAACCGCUUCCUCCUCCAUCUCAGCAAGACCGAUGCCACCAAGUCGGAUCAAUUCUGGCGUCAGGAGUUGGGCGGAGGGGCACCGGCUAGCUUCCCUCGCCUUCCGUACUCUACCUACCAGGCCCAACCCGAUUCCGAGUUCAUCUUCUCUUUUAAUCUGGCGCAUGCUAAGAAAAGGUCUGGGAUCCUGAAGUCGACGUUGAUGAGGUCGGCAUGGGCUCUUUUGUCAGCAAGGUACAUGGAAAGUGACGACAUCGUCUUUGGCGAAACACUUUCAGGUCGCAACAGCGCGGUGGCCAGAGUCGAAGACUUUGUCGGCCCUACCAUUACAACUGUUCCUGUGCGAGUCAAGCUUGAUGGAAAACUCACAGUUGCGCAGUACUUACAACGCAUUCAAGACGGUUCGAUCUCUAAGACCCCCUUCCAACAUGUCGGACUUCAAGCGCUGCGGAAACUUGGACCCGAGGUGCGGGCGUCUCUGCAGUUCAACAAUCUCUUCGAGAUAUUCUCUCAACAACAAGAGGACGGCGAUGCCACUGACCGUAGUAGUGGCGAGUCUCUAAUGGAGAUCAAGGACAGCACUUUGGUGACGGGCUUCUUCAACUCGUACGCGAUUUUCGUCGAGUGCAUCCUACAGAGGGACGAUGGGGUUCAAAUUGAAGUGCGUUAUGACAAAAGCGUCAUUUCUGCUUGGCAGGUGGAGAGAAUGUGCGGCCACUUUGAGCAAAUCACCGCCCAGCUUUGUGUCCCGGAAACCCGACUCUUGGAUGAUGUUGACAUGGCCGGCCCAGAAGAUAUGGCUUUAAUGAACAGGUGGAAUGAAGAUGGCCAGUGGGAGUCGGUCGACUCGACAGUUCAUGAUCUAUUUGCUGAUCAAGUGCGCACACAACCACAUGCGACAGCCAUCUCGGGAUGGGACGGUGAAUUCACGUACGAGGAGCUUGAUGCUGCUUCUACCAUCGUAGCCGAGACUCUGGUGUCGUUAUGGAAUGUCCAGUCUGAGGAUAUCGUGCCGCUGUGCUUCGAAAAGUCGAAAUGGACCAUUGUAGCAGCUUUGGGUGUGCUCAAGGCAGGAGGUGCCGUCACUCAGUUGGGCAUUUCCCACCCCAUGGCGCGAAAAUUGGAGGUGUUGCAAGACACCAAGGCACGCUUCAUCAUCGCAUCUCCAGAGCAAGCCAGUCUGUUCAAUGGCACAUUGAACGAUGAGCAGAUUUUGAUCAUUGGCGAGCAACAGGUCCAGAAACUUGGCGAACACAUACAGAACUUCUCGACGCCUCUUCCACAGGUCAUGCCCAACAAUACAGCCUACGUCCUAUUCACCUCGGGCAGCACUGGUCGAUCCAAAGGCAUCGUCGUCGAGCAUCGCAACCUCUGCACCAGCUCCCGCGCUCACGGUACUGAAUUCGGCAUCAAUUCUGGCACCCGGGUCAUGCAGCUUGGAGCCUAUACGUUUGACAUCAGCUGCGCCGACAUCUUCACCACGCUACAGCGCGGAGGGACCGUCUGCAUUCCAUCAGAAGAUGAGCGAGUCAACGACAUCGCUGGUGCCAUUGAAAAAUACCAAGCAAACUGGAUGUUCACGACGCCUACCGUAGCACAGAUGCUCAUUCCCGAGUCGGUUCCCUCGCUUCGGACUUUAGUCUUGGGCGGAGAGGCGCCGAACAGAGACAAUGUGGAGACGUGGUCCGAGAAGGUCAAACUUUUACUUAUCUGGGGACCUGCAGAGACGACCAUUUACGCGUCUGCGAACCCGCCGGCUACCCUAGAGUGUGAUCCAGCCCGACUUGGACGACCACUGGGAUGCAAGCUAUGGCUUUGCCAUGCCGAAGACUACAACAGGAUAGCGCCUCUUGGAUGCGUUGGUGAAAUAGUGGUGGAGGGCCCCACUGUGUCUCGAGGGUACUUGAACGACAAAGCGAAAACAGCUGACGCCUUCAUUGAGGAUCCUCACUGGGCACUAGCUCAGAACAAGAACAACAAAAACAAGAGCGGAAUCCCACGUCGAAUGUACAAGACUGGCGAUUUGGCCCGGUAUGACGAAGACGGUGUUUUGCGGUACGUCGGCCGCAAGGACAACCAAGUCAAACUGCACGGACAGCGGCUGGAACUUGAAGAAGUAGAACACCAUAUCAUGGCUCAUUCGACAGUGCGCCACGCCGUAACGCAUAUCCCUCGCAUAGGGCCCCUCAAAGACAAGCUCGUGGCGGUCUUGACCUUCCACGGUGUUUCUCCUUUGUCUUCCAGCUCGGACGACAACACAGGCGAGAUAAUGCCACUGAAAAGCGACACCAUGGCUGGAAUCGACAUGGCCGACAUUAGGCAGGGCCUAGUAGAUGGUCUCCCAUCAUACAUGGUGCCUUCAGUUUGGAUCGGUGUUGAGGCUAUUCCUCUCAAUGGCAACAGUAAGAUUGAUCGGAAAAGGAUGAAAGAGUGGUUCGAGACAAUGGACCAUGAGCUCUACGAAAAAUUCAUGCUAGGAGGCGCAUCCAGUGACGAGGACCGAGAUAAAGAAGCAUCGACGCCGCAAGAGGCUGUGGUCCAAGGCUUGGUCCGUCGUGUGUUGAACAACCCUAGUGCCGGUCUUACACGCUCCUUUCUCAGCUUGGGCGGCGACUCCAUCACUGCCAUGCAGUUACGCACCCAGGCUCGCACUAAAGGCCUUGAGUUGACUGUGCAGGAUAUCCUCAAGUCAAAGAGCUUGGAGAUUCUCGCUGCUGCUGCAAAGCCCAUUGGUACCAGCCGUUUCCCUUCGGCAGCAAUCGUGCAACAGGAACAAGCAGAGAAGGGCCGUCACUCAUUCGGCCUAUCUCCGAUUCAAAAACUCUUCUUCGACUCCAUGACCGGGCAUCCGUCCGCACUGCACUCCUUUGAUCAGAGCUUCCUCUUCCAGAUCAAUCAAAAGGUCGAUGUUGCCGCUUUGCGAUGGGCUCUCGAAACGAUAGUAAGCCGCCAUGCAAUGUUGCGGGCCAGGUUCAGAAAGAGUCCCGGUGGGCAAUGGUCGCAGAGCAUCGGCUGUGCGGGCAUGAGCGAUUCUUUUGGCUUUUCUGUCAAAGAGGUCGAAAGUUCUGAUCAGGUUGAGCGAAUAUUGAUGGAGGAAGCUGAUGGCAGGUUCGACAUCGAGCAAGGGCCCAUGUUCGUCGGUCACUUGUUUGAAGUUUCCGGAUCGCAGGAGAAACAGCUGUUGUUUCUUGGAGCGCAUCAUUUGGUCGUGGACCUCGUAUCUUGGCGCAUCAUCUUGAACGACCUCCAAGAGCUCUUGUUCAACGGCAAACUAUCAGCAACCGAGUCACCACCCUCUUUCCAGACAUGGCUGCAGAUGCAGGAGCAAUACGCCUCAUCCCUGAACAUACACGAAGUUCUGCCUUACAGUGCUGCAGUGCCCGCAACCGACCUUGCUUAUUGGGGUAUAAAGGGCCAAUCCAAUACGUAUGGCGCCAUGAUCGAGAAGGGCUUUGUUCUGAACGAGCUGGUCACUUCGAAGCUUUUUGGCUCAAGCAACAGAGCUCUGAAUACGGAGCCAGUCGAUAUAAUGCUGGCUGCACUUAUGACGGCUUUCCGGACUGUCUUUUCAGAGCGUCCGAUACCUGCCAUCUACUCUGAGGGCCAUGGACGCGAAUCCUGGGACACGAGCAUCGACCCGAACGGAACGGUGGGUUGGUUCACGACAAUGAGUCCCGUCUAUCUCGCUUCGCUAUCAAACGAUCUCAAGGAGAAUGUGCGGUUGACGAAAGAUAUUCGCCGCAGCAUUCCAGGAAAUGGCAUGCCUCACUUUAGCUCCCGUUUCCUGGCUCCUGAGGGUGAGGAGAGAUUUGGAAGCUCUGCGCCGGUCGAGUUGCUUUUCAACUAUGCCGGCAAGUACCAGCAAUUGGAGACUGAAGACGCAUUGUUCACCGCAAUCGACAACCAAGUCUGCCGACCUGGUAGCUCAGUUGAGCGGUUUGCCCUGUUCGACAUCUCAGCCGCUGUACGCCAUGAACAGGCCCGCAUCACUAUCAACUACAACGCGAACAUGCAACACCAGGAUCGCAUUUUGCAGUGGGUGGCCACUGCUGAGACAAUGCUGAAGCAGGCGGCCGAGGUUCUGGAUAGCAAUGGCCCUCGGAUUUCCACCAUCAGCGAUUUCCCACAGCUUCAACGCCAUCUAGACCGUGAGAAACUGGCUGCGAUUGAGGAGCUUCUCUUGAAGUCUUCGAUUCCAAUGGACAAUGUGCUCGAUAUGUACCCAUGCACGGCAAUGCAACACCACAUGCUGGCGGCUCAAGAGCAGCAGCACCUCGGUCAAGGAGGGCGAGACGGUCUCUUUGAGGUCGACAUUUCGCAUUACAUCAAAGGAAAAGUCGACAUGGAACGCCUGAAGACAGCCUGGCAGAAAGUGGUAGACCAUCAUUCGAUUCUGCGAACCGUCUUCCUGCCAAUGCCCGGAGACAACCACAGUUAUUUUCAAGUUCUCCUUUCCAAAUACGACGCGCAAAGACCGGUCAUCUCAUGCGUUGACGAGGAAGAUCUCGUAGCGCGUUUGAGGGGCUUCAAAUCAGUUAACUACAGUGUCAAUAGUGGAGACAAGGCUCGACCACACCAACAAUUUACCCUGUUUACCGCCUCCAGUAGGGUUCGUACGCUGGUCGCUUGCAAACUGGAAAUCAGCCAUGCACUCAACGAUGGCAUUUCCACUGGCAUUCUCUUCCGGGACUUGGAUAUUGCGUACCGCGGCCAGCAGCUCAAAUUCGUCUCAAAGGCGUCAGAGUUUGGGGAUUACGUCCUCUGGUCUGAAAAGUUGAAGACACAAGAAUCCGUCAAAUAUUGGCGAGACAUUAUGGAUCAAGGCAACAGCACAUCGACCACCACUCCUAGACUAGGGAGAGUCUCAGGAUAUCGCAAGCCCACGAGGAAAUCGCUCGAAAUCUGCCUAGAUCGUGCUUUGGUCGCCAUACUCCCACAUUUCACACGUCAGCAAGGCGUUACGCUGGCUACCUUCUUCCAAACCGUUUGGGGUUUAGUUCUUCAAUCCACUGCAUCGCCAUCUUCAUCAUUGCCUGUUGGUAAAUGGAGCAGCAGCUCAUCGACUGCCGCCAAAACGACUCAUCCAUUGUCGCCCUUUUUCGGAUACAUGACAGCAAACCGCGACGCCUUCCCAGGAGCCGAGGACAUGGUCGGUCCGUUAACCAACAUGUUAUUGUGCCCCACCAACCUGGACGCCAGUAUGCGAGUGGCUGAUUUACUCAAGAAGAGACAGUCGCAGUACCUGGACGCUCUUCCACAACAAUUUGGCCUCGAGCAGGCUGUCAAAGAAACCAUGCAUGAGCGCGGAGAAAACUGGGAAGGCAGAUUGCCCAGAGGCCUGUGCAGCUCAGUCAUGAGUCUGCAAUAUACUGACACGGACGACGAAAACAUCCCCACCACCAACAACGAGACCAAAGAUUCCAGACAUACUGGUAACUCAAUAACGAGGAGAUCUGUAUCGGACAACCAUUACCAAACCACGAGUACUGGUCCUCAACUCCCAAACAGCGGCAGGAAAAGAAGCCUAGCCAGCGGUAGAAGCGUCAGCACACCACUCAGAGUUGGCAAGACUAGGACCAGCGAUGUUCAAUCCAAACAUGAGAAGGGAGAAGAUAAUCUCGAGCUCCUACCACUGGAGUACGAGGACCCUAACGAUUACGACAUUAGUGUCGGCGUGCAGAUUGCUACGACGCGCCGCAAUGCCAACAGUCAAAACCACCAGCAAUACCUACUUGGCAAGAACAGCCACGACACCAACACCAGCGUACAAAUCAAAGCUCAGUUCGUCUACUGGACUGACGCUAUCAGCGAUGCGCGUGCAGCUUUCAUCAAAAGGUCUUUUGAACGGUGCGCCGCCGAGUUGCGGAUCGCCGUUGUCAUCAACAGCUCUGACAUCAACACACUCCUCUGUUCCAGCCUCUUCUGCUGGACUUCGUGUGUGGAUGCUCAUAAGGCGUGUGGGUAUGGUAUCCGCCUGAAGGAAGGGGGAUUUUGA